UUCUUCCUCUCUCUCACAGCUAAAAGAAGUUGAGCAGUUCCACGCGAGACCCCUCGGUGAACGGAUGGUGCGAGUGUUGCUGAUGCUGAUACAUCCCUUGGCGCCCUUUCGAACGCAAUACGACGACCUAUAACCCCGUGUGUUCAGUUGCACAUUUCCGCUUUUUUUGUGUGCCUGCUUCAUCAUCCCUUCGUGGCAGAAUUUUUUAUUGUAACGUGUGACCCAUCCCCCGUGUAAGCGCGGGAUUGAAUUGCGAACGUCUCACAAACAGCAAAAAUCUUGCGGAUUUUUGUGAGACAGACGAGUGAUUUCUGUGUCGCGAAUUUCUUCUUCUUCCACUGUGUUUGCAAAAGGGGGGUUUUUUGUGGAGCAAAAAGUGGUUUAAACACAAGGAGGAGCGACUAGUUUGUCGUGCGGCUGAGGGACUUGGUGAGAGAGGUCAGGAGGGGUGGUGGCAAAGUGAUGGAAGGCAGAAAGAAAAAUUACAGAGUCUGUGUGUGCAAAUUUUAUUGAAGACUUGGUGACUUGACGACGGAAGUGAUUAUAUGUGACUCUUCUUUCACCCACAGAGUUACAGACCCACCUCUUCCGCCCCGAAGUCUUACAACUGUUGUGUUAGGGUUGUGCUGUCUGUGGGAAAAAUAUUGUAUAAAAAAGUAGGUGAACGGGGUUGAUGUUCACAACAUAAAAAAAUAUCCACCGCGAGUUUUCACUUUUCAAUUUAAAACGACAAGACAGCACAGGGAUAAAAAAAACAUCCCUCUCCCCAUUGGAGACAUACAUAACCAUUUCAGGCUCCCCCUAAAAGUGAAAUACAAGCACAAAUGAUGGGAAAAUAAAAAUGAUUGCUGUACUUUAAAUUAUCCCCCGAGAGUGGAUAAUUUUUUCUUUCUCUGAAUGAGUCAGUGAGAAGGGAGAAAAAAUAUCCGCAAUAAAUGAAAAUAUAGAAGGAGUGUAUGAGCUCUAAGAAAAAUCGUAUGAAAAAUAUUACUGGAAAAUACUUUGCCGGAGGAACAAUAUCUGCGGGAGUGUGAAGUGUAGUAAUAAAAAAAGAACAGUGGAAAUAGUUGAAAUAACUCAAGUGUAUCAGAUUUUAUUUCCUCUGCCAUUUUCAAACUCGCCCAGUUUUCUUCAUUUUGACGAAGACGCUGCCGGCUAAAGAAAACUUCCAUCUAAACAUUUUCUUCUCUUAAAAACAAGAAGAAAUUCAAAAAAUUUCCUGCAGUUGUGUAAUUCCAUAUACAUACAUUUGUCUCCUCACCACAACAUACCCCCCACGAAAAAAAAAUACAUUGAGUGCUAAGGGUGCAAAAUAGUGUCUGAUUGCGAUAAAAAACAGUGAAUAAAGCGAAUAAGCGUGAAGAAAAAAAUAAUAAUAAAACUCCAGGGAGUACUUCUGAAUGGAUAAUUGCAGACAAAAGAGCCACUAGAGAAAUGCCAUUAACCCAAUUACUCGUCGUUGGAGUUUUGCUGACAUUCAGCAUUGCUUCGGGGAAGCAGCCCCUAAAAUGCCCAUCAGAAUGUGCCUGCAGCUUGGAUUUCAAAGGACGCCAUCAGACCGUUUGCACCAGAGGUGGAAUGACUGGGUUUCCUGUGACGUCAAUCGACAAUGACACUCAGGUGAUUGUCAUUCAAGGCCCAAGGAAUCACAUUAGCAUCGGUCCCAUCUUUGAGAAGUUCCACUACCUCGAGGUGUUCCGUGUGACGGAUUCCAAUGUUCCAGCCAUCGGACAACACACCUUCUGGGGUCUUAUCCAUCUCAAGGUAGUUGAUCUCAGUCGGAAUAAUAUUACAUUGAUACGGGAGGAUAACUUCCGGGGGCAGGACAAUCUACUCGAGUUAGAUUUGUCAGGGAAUAAAUUAAUACGAAUACCCAGUGCUACCUUUUCCCACCUAUCUGACUUACGAAAUCUCAGCUUAGCGGAUAAUUUUCUCGUUGAGCUUAUGCCGAGACAAUUUUUAAAUCUUGCUAAUCUCAAGCAUCUCGAUCUGAGUGGUAAUCCUAUUGUGGACUUGAAACCAGAAGUCUUUCGGGAUAUCCAGAAAUUGAAGACAUUCCGCUGUCGACGGUGUCAACUGGAGAAGGUCAACCCAAUGCUCUAUUCAUAUCUACGGAUGCUCAAUGUGCUGGAUUUGGGGGAUAAUCAUUUUCGCUACUUGGAUAAGGAAGAAUUUCAGCACCUAAAGCUCCUGCAUACACUUCGUUUCGAUGGGAAUCAACUAUCGGUUAUUGUGGACUUCCUCUUCUCUAUGCAGCGCAAUCUUCAGGUCUUGGACAUGGCACACAAUCGUAUUGUAAAGGUGGCAGGAAGUGCUUUUGAGAAUCUCGUCAAUCUCACGCAUUUGGAUCUGUCGUACAACAAAUUAAUGAGCUUGGAUAUGAGUAGUGUGAAACCAUUAGUUUCACUCCAAGUGCUGAAUAUCAGUGGGAAUAAACAAUUGGAUCUCGAUGAGAGCAAAUAUGCAUUUGAGGAGCUGAAGACUUUGACAACACUGUCUGUAGCUGACAUGGUGUCUCUCCCAUCAAAUCUCCUUGCCACCUUCCCUAACCUGAGAGAGCUAAACAUUUCGGGGAAUCAUCUUCGGGAUGAGAAUUUGCAAAUGUUAGUGCCGGCAAAGCAUUUGGAACUUCUUGAUUUGUCGCGAAAUCAAAUCAAUGGGAUUGAUAUGCGCAUCGUGAGUCUCCUCACCGAGAUUCAAGAUGUCAAUCUCGCCAACAAUCCCAUCAUUUGCGAUCGAUGCCACAUGGGAGCUCUCAUUGAUAGAGCUCACACGCUCAAGUGGAGCAAACUUCCCAGUUGUUACCUCCCCGAGAGCUACAGGGGCACACAAAUUUCCAACAUUGAUGGCGGUGGACUCGACUUUUGUGUGUCUCUGGACGAUGAAGAGGAUGAGGAUACCAAUGCCGCAAGCACGUCUCGGAACAUCCUCAGUCAAGGCAGCCUCAAUAUUUUAGCCCUAAUGGCGGGAUUACUGUUCAUCAUCCUCGCGGUUCUCAUUCUUGGCAUCGUCGUGUGCUACUCCCGGCACAGAGCACGCUACUACACUCACGAGGACAAGCGAGAUCUGGGUGCUACGGAGAAGACCAUCGAUCCACCGGCUACAAUCACAAGCAAUGAGAUUAACUUCAAAUUCCCCAUUGAUGAUCACGUGUGCAUCACGGACGAAUUGUGCCUGCCACCACCGCCACCACCACCCACAAAGCAAGCCCCAGUAAUGGGAUGAGAAGACCCCCAAGCCGGACAUUCUGGCGAUGGGCAGGAAAGAUCCGGAUAAAAGUGGACUUUUGCGGUGAGUUUUUGACGAAGGAUGAAAACGUUGCGUGGUCAGCACGAAAAGUAAGCAAAAAAGAAAAGAAUUCACGUGAUAUGUAGGUUCUAA